AUGAUGGAGGACGUAGUCGCCAUGUCAGAGACUCCAGCUGAGGAUGAUGAGGUCAUAGCAGCCCAGUCCUCUCGAGACAGUCGAAAGCUUGAUUGCAUUAUCUGUUACAGCGCCUACAACCUGGUAGAGAGGCUUCCACGGAAGCUCUACUGCGGCCAUACGUUCUGUCAGGACUGCCUGAGACGGCUGGAUACAGUGAUCAAUGAGCAGUUAUGGAUCCCUUGUCCUCAGUGUCGUCAGAACACUCCUGUACCUCGAGGAGGUGCCGUUGGGCUGGACCUGGACCUGGCUGCGUUUUUGGGUGUCAAAGCUGAGGCAGAGAACCAGCGAAGCAGCUCGCAGAAAGCCCCUCUGGAGACCAAGUUAUCAUUUGUGAAGCAGCCAAUCACAGAUCAGCCUCCAUCUGCUUGGCCCAACAUGGCACUGACUGAGCCGCGCUUCCACACGAGUCCCUGCUGUAGACACUGCCGGUUCUGCUGCUGGUGGUGUUAGAACCACAAGGACAUAUUGUAUGUGCACAUGACAACUGCAGAUCUUGAAAACUUAUGAAGACAUCCUAAAUGGAAGCUGGGUUCCUCAUCACGGAAACAUCUUCACUAAUGAUAAUUACAUGUAAACAUU